GAAGAAAAAGGCGGGCCAUCUUCCCGGAAAAGAGAUAAAAAAGACUUAGAUAUUGUGGAAUAUAAUUCAAUUACUCAAUUCGCUGAUGUUUUAGUUUAGCCUGCCUUGUUUAUGCGAAGUACCUCUCAUCACUUGCAGCAGUUAAUGGCUUCCUCCUCUUCUUCUUCCAUUACUCCUAAAAUAGAGUAUGAGGUUUUCCUUAGUUUCCGUGGUGAGGACACCCGAACAAACAUCACCAGCCAUCUAUAUGAAGCCUUUUGUCAGAAAAAAAUUAAAACUUUCAUUGAUGAUAAGCUUAAUAGAGGAGAAGAAAUUUCUGACGCUCUUAUGAAGGCAAUUGAACAUUCAAAGAUCUCGGUUAUUAUUUUCUCUAAAGGCUAUGCUUCCUCCAGAUGGUGUCUCAAAGAACUUGAGGAGAUUGUUAAUUGUAAGAACACGUAUGAUCAGAUCGUAAUACCAGUCUUCUAUGACGUAGAUCCAUCUGAUGUCAGGAAUCAAACUGGAGAUUUUGGGAAAGCAUUUGCAGAGCUUGAAAAGCAUGCUAUGGUUGAUUCAGAGAUGUUGACGAGAUGGAGGACUACUUUGAGGGAUGCAGCCGGCAUAUCUGGUUAUCAUUCAAAGAAAUAUGGGGAACUAGGGUAGUUCGAAGCAUAUGCUUGGAUAUGUCUAAAGUAGAAGAGCUGCAUUUAAAUCCUAAAGCUUUUAACAACAUGCAAAACCUGAGAUUCUUGAAGUUUUAUGGGUCUGAACAUGGAAAGAAGGUGCCUGAAUCUGAUUCCUUUGCAUUGCACCGUAUCUUGAGAUGGUUGAAAAGAGAAAACUCCAAUGCUGGAAAGGUGCAUGGUUUUGAGAAACUUAAGUUUGAUUUCUAUGAGAUAAGGCAUUUUUGCUUUCAUGGAUAUCCUGACAAAUCAUUGCCACCAAAUUUUAAUCCAAAGAACCUUGUUGCACUUUACAUGCCUAAUAGCAAAGUUGAAAAACUUUGGACUAGUAACCAGGUUCUUGUUAAUUUGAAAUAUAUUGAUCUCAGUCACUCUACGUAUCUACACAGAAUACCAGAUUUGCUACUUAUGCCAAAUCUUGAGAGCUUAAAUCUUAAAGAUUGUACAAUUUUGCUUGAUAGUUUUUUAUCUAUCCAAAAUCUUCAUAAACUUGUUAUCUUGAAUCUGCAAGGAUGCAAAAGCUUGAAAAAUCUUUCAAUUAGUGAUAAUUGCCAAUCUCUUCGAGAAGUUAAUCUCUCCAAUUGCUCAAAUCUUGAAACAGUUCAACAUCUCCCUGAUGCAGUUGAAGAGUUAUAUCUAGAUGGAACUGCUAUUAAAGAAUUCCCAUCAAUACGACAUUUAUUUAGACUAGUAAAAUUGAGUCUUAGAAAAUGUUCAAGGCUUGAGAGAUUAUCAGAUAACAUUCGUGAGUUGAAAUCUCUUAAAUGUCUUUAUCUCUCGGGUUGUUCCAAACUUGACAGAUUGCCUAAAGGGAUGGGAAAUUUACAAAGUCUGGAGGUAUUGGAAUUGGAGGAAAUUUCUUUUGCAAAAAUACCAACAUUUAUGACAAGUUUGAUCAACCUGGAGACAUUAUCUUUGACAAUAUGUAAGAUACAAGAGCGACUGGGUAUCCCACUCUUCGAUUUAUCUGUCUUCCAAAGAAUGACAGAGCUAUGUCUGACUGAUUGUUGCACCGAGGUGUUACCCGACAAUAUUGGCGAAUUACUCUCACUGAAGUGCUUACGUCUUAAUCAAAACAAUUUCAAGACGCUACCAGAGAGCAUCAAAGACCUCUCUAACCUGCAAGAGCUUUAUUUAUACCUUUGCCCGAAGCUUAAAUACUUACCAAAGCUUCCAAGCAGUUUACAGUAUAUUAAUGCAAGGAAUUGCGAAUCUCUUGAAUCAAUAUCAAGUUUACCAGCUACAUUCCUAUGUAUGGAUUCUUUUUUUGAGUGCAUCAACUUCUCUAAUUGUUUCAAAUUAAAAUUAGAGAUGACAGAUGCGCUCUUGAAUCUUGAAAGAAGUGCAGCAGACUAUUUCUCUCGACAAUUCUAUCACCGUAAAAAUUUCGUUCCUUUUUGGCAAUCGGCGUACAUUCAUUACCCAGAAUGCGAAAUUCCAAGUUGGUUUGACUUAAAAAGUGAUGGAUCCUUUAUAAAGUUUCCAAGAGGUUGGGUCAAAGAUAACUUAAUUGGUUUCGCUUUAUGUGUUGUUGUAUCACAAGACUAUCAAAAACUUACAAUUUUCAAUGUUGGAUUUCACCUGAUUGUUAAUGGAAAGAAGAUUAUCUCUUGUUAUUUAAUUAAGUCAUCAAGCAUUGGGGUUGAGUUUCUUGAAGGUGAGGACAUUAUUGAAUCAGAUCAUGUAUGCAUACGUUUUAAUUACAUUACGAUGUACAAGGAAUUUCCUCCACACAAUUUGAAUAGCCAGGGUGGUGUUGAGUUCUUCGUUGAACAAGCAACUAAGAAUGGUAUGGUUCGAAGCCCAGUGAAAAAAUGUGGAGUGACUUUAUUGUAUCACAAAAAUGAUGAUUGGAGAAAAGAUCCAAGAGUGGAUAAAAAUGAUGAAAGACCUCAUAAGCGAUUGAAACUUGAAGGUUGAAAUGUUGUUAUAGAAAAGAUAUGUUUUGCUGCUAUUUGGUUCUCUAGGCUAUGAAAGGGUAUUGGUUGCUCUUCGAUACUGCUGUUUUGUUGAGUCCUCGGUUAACAGCAGGAAACAAAUUGAUGCCGUACAUUUCAUUCAUGCCUUCCAUCUUACUGAAAGCUUUCCCCCUGUUCACUUCUUGAAGACAUACUUAAAGAAUUGAAGGAGUAACUCACAGGGAAAGGGUGUGAGUUCGGGUGGAGAUACUAGUGCACCGGUUAAUUUUCAUACUAAAGCAUAAUGAGAACUUGCUGCUUUGAAAGCUGUAGUUAGUUGUGUCCAAGAGUACAGGCUUGAACCUGACUAUCCUCUUGAUCCACUUCAGAAAAGUAUUGAACAACUGGAGAGGUCAAAAUCUGAUAAGAAAAGGGGUGGAGAUUUUGGUAGACGUCAACACUCCAAGAAACAAAGAGCAAACUACGGAUACCAUGGAUUUCUUUUUCACAGUGGCAAGGCAGCUCCUCGUAGGCUUGUUCUGCCUGUUUUCUGAUGUGUCGUGCACUUGCGAGCAAAACUCAACAUUUUCUUUGACAGGGCAGCAUAUGGAGGAAUGCCUGAGAGAUAUCCUCUGCCUGGUCCGAACUCUUAUGAUUAUCAAGAUUUUUAUGCAACCUUAGUGAAUGUGCAGAGAAUUUAUUUGUGAGUGAAUGACUUUUCCCACCCA